AUGCCUAUGCCCAAUUCAGCCCUUCAAGAGUUAUGUGUAGGGUUCUUGGAGUCUAUGUCCGCGGCCGUUCAACUUAGCACUUCCGGAAAAGAGAGUCGUCUUGAAGGAAUGUGCAAGAGUAAAGAAUGGACUACACAUGUCUCGAACCCACUUCCUGCCGGCUCACCUACUACAACAAUAAUAACCGCAACCACAACAACCACCACUACUACCACAACCGGUGAAUAUCCCACGACCACUAUAAGCAGCACCACAACAACCACUACUACCACAACCGGUGAAUUCCCCACGACCACUAUUAGCAGCACCACAACAACCACUACUACCACAACCGGUGAAUUCCCCACGACCACUAUUAGCAGCACCACAACAACCACUACUACCACAACCGCUCAAUUCCCCACGACCACUAUAAGCAGCACCACUAUAAGCAGCACCACUAUAAGCAGCACCACAACAACCACUACUACCACAACCGGUCAAUUCUCCACGACCACUAUAAGCAGCACCACAACAACGACUACGACAACAACACCACAACAACCACCACCACGACAACUACGACAACGACAACUACGACAACGUGGUCGUGGGGAAUUGAGCGGUUGUGGUAGUAGUGGUUGUUGUGGUGCUGCUAAUAGUGGUCGUGGGGAAUUCACCGGUUGUGGUAGUAGUGGUUGUUGUGGUGCUGCUUAUAGUGGUCGUGGGGAAUUGAGCGGUUGUGGUAGUAGUGGUUGUUGUGGUGCUGCUUAUAGUGGUCGUGGGGAAUUCACCGGUUGUGGUAGUAGUGGUGGUUGUUGUGGUUGCGGUUAUUAUUGUUGUAGUAGUUGUCGUUGUCGUAGUUGUCGUUGUGGUGGUGGUUGUUGUGGUUGUUGUUGUCGUAGUCGUUGUUGUGGUGCUGCUUAUAGUGGUCGUGGGGAAUUGAGCGGUUGUGGUAGUAGUGGUUGUUGUGGUGCUGCUUAUAGUGGUCGUGGGGAAUUGAGCGGUUGUGGUAGUAGUGGUUGUUGUGGUGCUGCUUAUAGUGGUCGUGGGGAAUUGAGCGGUUGUGGUAGUAGUGGUUGUUGCGGUGCUGCUUAUAGUGGUCGUGGGGAAUUGACCGGUUGUGGUGGUAGUGGUUGUUGUGGUGCUGCUAAUAGUGUGGUCGUGGGGAAUUGA